AUGCCAACAGCAAAACCCACACCGACUGUGAGAGUGAAUCCUCAGAGCUCCGUCUACACUGGAGACACCAUCACUCUGAGCUGUGAGCUGCAGCAGUCGACUGGAUGGGAGUUUUUCUUCUACAAAAAUAAUCCGCAGUUACAGCUUCUGAACAGUGAACAAGCACACACACUUAAAGUGACAGUCGAUAAUGCAGGAGAAACAGUGUACCGGUGUCAGGCAUGCAGGAGAAACUACAACAACCCACAGUACAAAUACUAUGACUACUGCACAGAUCUCAGUGAUCCUGUCAAGAUUACAGUGAGAGCAAGACCUAAACCAGUGGCAUCCAUAAAUCCUGAAAAACAGGUGUUCAGUGGAGACGCCGUCACUCUGAGAUGUGACAUACAGGAUGAAAGUGUCUCUAGCUGGCAGUACAGCUGGUAUAAAGAUGCUUCACACAGUCGUGUCAGUAGUGAACAGGUGUACAGGAUCAGUGGUGUUGAAGUGACCCACACAGGUAAAUACACCUGUAGAGCAGCAGAGAGAAGAGGCUCACACUCCUCACACUUCAGUGAUGCUAUUACACUGACUGUAUCAGCAUUUUGUAUUUCCUGUGUAACAGAGAGACCACGGGCAGUACUGAGUGUAUCUCCACAGAGCUGGCUGACUGAAGGAGACUCAGUGACUCUAAGCUGUGAGGUUACAGACUCCUCUACAGACUGGACAUUCAGCUGGUACACAACUGUUCCCUACAGAGACGGCUUAACUCAAAUAAAAAAUAAUCGUGGCUAUAGCAUGUAUGUGGAGCUCCUCUCAGACAGCAGCAGAGGAUCUGGAGGCUCCUACACUCUCAGUCCUGCUGCUCUGAAUCACACAGGAGUUUAUAUGUGCAGAGGAGAGAGAGGAGAACCAGCCGUUCACACACAGUACAGCAAUCCACAGCCACUAUGGAUCACUGGUGAAUCUCCUCCAGUCUCUCUGAUCAUCAAUCCCAGCAGAACUCAACACUUUACUAAAGACUCUCUCUCACUGAGCUGUGAGGACCAGAGAAACUCUACUGGAUGGACAGUGAGACGAUACACACACAGUGAGGGAGUGUUAGAUUGUUCACGGUGGGGAUCAGUUACAGAAUCUACAUGUAAAAUCAGCUUCCUCUCCACAUCACACACUGGAGUUUACUGGUGUGAGUCUGAAUCUGGAGAAAACAGUAAUCCUGUCAACAUCACAGUGCAUGAUGGUGAUGUGAUCCUGGAGAGUCCUGUCCAUCCUGUGUCUGAGGGACAUCCUCUGACUCUACACUGUUUAUAUCGCAACACAAAGCCCUCAAACCUCCGAGCUGAUUUCUAUAAAGAUGGAUCAGUUCUCCAGACACAGACUACAGGAGAGAUGAUCCUCUAUAACGUUUCAAAGUCAGAUGAAGGUUUCUACCACUGUAAACACCCAGAGAGAGGAGAGUCACUGAAAAGCUGGCUCUCAGUCAUAUAUUGA